CCGUUGUACGAUCAUUCCCGUUCAGUACGUUAGACACUGCGACAAGCGACAGAAGCGUAAAACGGCGAAAUUGGUAUCUCGAUUUGCACGAAAACAAAUGGCGGUCGGUUUAAAUUCAAAAUUCUAAUGAGAAAGUGAUCGAAAGAUAACGAGUUCGUCCUUUAAUGGAAUAUCCUUAAAGUGUUUAGACGCGACAAUUAAGAGCAAGAAAAAUAACAACCAAUUUUAAAUUUAGCAAAAAUUAAGAUAUUUGAGAAAACAAAACAUCGUCAAAAUGUUGCCAAAAGUUUUUGUCAUUUUAGCAGCGGUUUUAUUAGGCUGCCAAGUUACAUUUGCCAACAUGUUUGGUUAUUCAGAACCAAACCAAAGGCGUUGGUCGCGUCGUCAUGGCCACUGUGCUGGCAAAACUCAAUCACCAAUUGCCCUACAUGUCUCAAAGUCGAUACCUCUUCAUAUGCCAGCUGUUGAUAUGAUUGGAUAUCAUAAUUUGUUGCCACAUCCUUUGAAAUUAGUUAAUAAUGGCCAUACAGUAUCAAUUACCAUUCCCAAAUUGGAUGAUGCGGCCAAAGACAACGGCGAAUUUAUGCCGUACGUACGCGGUGCCAAGUUGCCAGGUGAAUUCGAGGUGGAAAGCGUUCAUUUCCAUUGGGGCGAUAAGAACAAUCGCGGAGCCGAACAUGUUGUCAAUGACAUUCGCUACACCAUGGAAAUGCACAUUGUGCAUCGCAACAAGAAAUACAAAACUAUGUCGGAGGCCUUGGACUAUGCUGAUGGAGGGGCUGUAUUGGGUUUCUUUUUCAAUUUGGAUGAGGAUGACAACAAUGGAUUGCAGGCAAUAAAUCGUCAUUUGCACUUGAUUCCGGAUGCCAAUAAUGAGGUGACCUUGAAUGUGACAUUUUCAUUGGCAUCUAUCAUCAAUGGUGUUGAUAUCGACAAAUUCUACACAUACAAAGGUUCUCUAACAACACCACCCUGUUCCGAGGCUAUCACAUGGGUUUUGUACCCCGAUCCCAUUCCCAUCUCACCCAAACAGAUUUCUCGCUUCCGUCAGUUGGCCGAUGUUCAGGAUGGUGCCUUAGUUGACAAUUAUCGUCAGUUGCAGCCGUUGGGUAGCCGUCGCGUAUUUAUGCGUGUUGGUAACACACAUCACACUCCAGUACAUGCUCUGACAUCCGAAGUAGAUUACAGAAAAUGGGAAUGGUUUAAUUGAGGAUAUUUGACAUUUUCUCUCUCUAUAUUUACUCUUAAUUGUAUCUUUAAGUAUUAACAUCUGUCUAAGAAAGUAUAAUGCAUUUAUUUAUAAUUAGGUGCAACCUUCUGUCUGACUGUCCAUUCCAUUAUUUAAUUACUAUGUGACUAAUAAUGCAAUAAUUUCAAUUUUUAUUUGAAACACAUAACUGAAUAAAUCGAAGUAAGCCAAGAUUGAUGUCUUACUAAUUUUUGAAAGAAUAAA